CUGAUCAGUUUGUUGACCGAGACGGCAGUGGAGAAAAAAAAAAGGUUCAGCUGUCUGGAGGAUAUAAGAGAGCCGGAUUCCAGUUGUUGUGAUCAGAAACCGUUCAAGCUUUCAAGUGAACAGCAGUUGGGGAUUAUCUAUCUCAAAGCGUUAGUUCACUGGAAUACGACUCGGUUAUUCUGGAGAGAGCUGCCUAGUGUUUCUGGGGAUUUUCUCGUGUACCACGCUCUACCGGUGGUGAGACGCAAUCCUUCAUUGACCAACGGUAUCUUCGUGUCUUACAGUUAGAUCUAGCCAACAAACUUGUGUCUGUGUUGAUUGGAACAAAAGCUUGUUUCUUUCUUCGUCUUCAAAGUCUUUGUGGUUCCAUCAUGCAAUUGUUAAGGGCGUUUACGCUCGCAACAUUUGUCUUGCUGCAAGCGAUGGGUAUGACCAAGGCGGAUACAGCUUCAACUAUUGAUGCUCCUAGCAAACAGGACAGUAGCACUUGGGCAGACUCCAAUGUAGUUCAGCCCACACGCACUGGGUCACUCAUCAACCAUGACCAUGACUACAUGAACUUGCAAUCCCUUUUGACCAAAAACAUUCCUGGAACAGCAGAAGAAAAGAAUCGCAUUGUUGAUUUAAUGCUUCAACUACUUGCCGAAAUUGACUUGCCAACUUUGUGUGAAGUCAUUGCCAAUGACACGAGUCGAAAGACCAAGAAUCCAAGCAGAGAUGUUAAAGAGGCUGUCGGGAGCGAAGAGGCUAUAUUGACAACUCUUCCCACCUCUGACACAAGGCCUCGAAACGAUGAAAAGGCAAUUGCCAUACCAUAUUUCAACAUCUUAGGACAGUCAACGAAUAACGAACAAGAAGCAGAGGUUCCCAGCUAUGUUGGCAAAGGACUAUCACAUGAGUCGAUUACAAGAUACCACAAGAACAUGAUGGAUAGGGUGAAUAAAGGGAUGAACGCCAUGCGAGAGUACGGAAACAAGAGGAGGUCGUCUUAUGCCAACGGCCUGACAAGAAACAAAAAUAUAUUCCAGAACACGUUUAAUGCCAACGUUGGUGGGUUUCCCCAAGUCGACGAAAAGGAAGAACUACGCAAUUUACAUUCUGAAGAUUCAGUGAUGGGCUUGUGGAGCGUGAACUCUGAAGUCAAUGGCGACACAAUUGCACAGAUAAAUAGUUCAGAAGCGAAUGAAUUGUCAACGGAAAUCGACUUUUUGAAGACAACAGCGUCCCCUGGCGAUAGUUUAGGCUCCAAGAGUAUAUGGAUUCAGUCCAUGGGUGUUGAAAGACCCCAUUCCGAACUGUAUUCAAGAUCUCUCAUGACAAGAGAUAGCUUAAAUAAUGGAGGCUUGAUCAGAACGAAAAGGAUAGAUGAAGGUGAGAAUGGGAAUAAUGACGUCAGUCAAUGGAAAUUGAAUGAGAUUUUAUUUGAAAACGACAACCUGGUUGACCAAUUUUCUACAACAGGAGAGGGGCUAUACAAGCGUCAACCAAGCAGAUUAAGCAACAUGCUAUUUCCUGAUGCAAGUACAACGGCCAAAAGUAGCAUAAUAGUAAGCACAAGCAGCAUUUACAACAGCAAUGAACUCAACGGCCAGUAUCAGACACAAUUCUCUGACAAAUACGAUCUCUUGAACUCAGUCAAUGACGUGCCAUCUAAAGAUGUUAAAUACGCGAAAGUUGAAAUGCUGAGUGACCUUAAUAGUGUACAUAUGAACCAAGAAAUGUCAGAGUUGGUUUCCAAGGCAGCACUUCCUUUAGAUUACAAUAACAAUGUAUUUUCCACCCAGUCAUCGACCAAGUCUAGGGACGAGAACAUUUUCGACUUCCCACACAACUCUACUUUCGAAGCAGGUAACUUUAGCCAAGGGCCUGAUGCAAGCAUCGAUGACUUUUUUGGCGCCAAUAUUUUUGGAGAAGGCUUUGUCAACUCUCGUGAGAAUGACGAUUUACUUAAAAGUCCCACAAUUGGCGCCUCGACGAACAUUCGGGCUAAAGAGGAUGACAAAGUCACGUCCACCGGGGAAAGUUAUUUGACGAAUGUGUUCUCCAGUGUCUCUAGCUCAAAUAAUGCUACCACUCAAGUGGGUGCAGCCGAUACAGAGAGGAACUUUGAUGAUGUGACUGCUCAAACAUUGGAAAGUGACUUUGUCAACAGUGCACUGAACAGUUCCAACAAUUUUACGACGUCAAUAAGUUCAAGAUUGUCGAACGAUAUGGGAGGAAAUAAACUUUUCUCUAACAUUAGAACGAAUAGCGUCCCUUUGACAUCAAAGCAUGAACGUGAAGCAGAUUCGAAUUUCACCACCAGCCAGAUUGAUAACAACUUUGUGAUGAGUGGAAGUGAAAUCAAUAGAAACAUACCAGCAACGCUAGAAACGUACAUAGAAUCUGCAGAUACUACAAAAACAAAACUAGACACUCAGAAUGUUGAAAAAACAGCCUACAGUUUAAUUAGGGCAACUACAGAUAACAGAAACUAUUCAACAAAUGAAGUGGCUUACAAUUCUCUAUCAAAGGUGUUCAGAAGAAACGAUGACUUCGUUCUCAACCUCACGUUAAAUAACUCAAACAUCAAACAACUAGAUCGUCAAUAUAACGAUGUCAACGCAAGCGACGCUAUUAUGUCUACGAUGAAGAGUACAAUUGAGUACAGCAACGACACUGAAACACCACAAAGGGUGUCAAGCUUCUCUGCACUUCAACAAAAUGAAAGUGCUUCCCCAUUAAAAUCCAAUGUUUUAGUUGGUAUACUUAAAAACAGCGCCGGCUACAAUUCAACUUCUCCUGACAUUCAAGAGCUUCACAUAUCAAGGUCGACCAUUCCUUUCCAAACGGAAGGCGCUGAACCAUAUGUACGCUACGAACCGUCAGGGAGGCAGGCAGAGAACGAGCCUUCGCUUCAUUUGUUUGGUCCUUUCGGUGAUGCGGAAAACAAACCGCAAGGGAAGCAUGAUGUAGUCGUGGCUGAUGUAGUUAGUGCUGCCACACCAGAGAAGUCCCUCGAGUCCGCCAAGGAAGAGCUAGAAAUGGAGCUCAAGAAGCUAACCGGGGACGUAUCCAGCACGAAUAAAGAUUUAAUCUCUGUCAUGCGUGGAGAUCAAAGGGGCGCACUACGCGGGGUAUCCGCCACGUCAUACCAGAAUUUUCUGGCCCAACCAGUCAUGAAAACUCUCAAGCGUAUUCACGACGAGUUUCGCCGUCGUGACAAAUUGAAUAAAAAUUCGACAGCUGUCCUGACAAGACAAGCAAAUAGUGUCACUGACAUGGAAACGGUCUCAGCAGACGACACUCAAAAUACGCCAUCUUCUCCAUUAUAUAACAUCGCAGACGUCAGUUUUGAUGGUCUAAAAGAAAAUGUUACAUUUUUAACGAAUGACACAGAGAACAAGAAAAGUGAAAAGUCAGAAGGUCGAAAAAUCGAUCAUGUAUUGAACGACUCUUACUCGAAUCAAUCAAAUGUUACAAAUCUGACCUCAGGAUUAGUUAACGGAACAACAAAUUAUAUUUAUUCACAAAACGCUUCAAACAUUUUUAUCUCCGCACUAAAAGUUGGAUUAGAAAAUAAAUCAACUAUUCUUAACGAUGUUGAAACUGAAAUUGAUACCAAAGAAAGGACAAUAAAUGUUUCCAGUUCGAAUUUCAGCCAAACCUUUGCACAAAAUACAAGUAGAGAGUUUACAAAUGUUGUAACGUCUGCUGGCUUGAUGAACCUGACUAAUCAAUCGUCUUCAAGUGACAUGAAUAGGGAAAGACCCCAGAUAAUUUUUGAUGGCGAUAUGAAAGGGAAGAAUACGUCAGAGUCUAUUGGACAAGGUCUGAGUACCAACUUUACGAAUCAGGAAAAACAAAUCACAAAUUUUAGUAAAUUUAAUAACUUUAUUGUUGACAACUCUACGAAUAGAAGUACAUUAAAGAGAAAUGAGGAUAUUCAAACCAAUAACUCAUCUGCAAAUCAAUCUUCAGAGUUAUUCAGUUACAAAAUGAUAUCUCAGCACAACACUUCAUUUGGCAUGAAAGAGAACUCAACAAAUGAAUCAACGGGUGCUAUAGCUGACAAUGUUCUCAUGACGCCAAAUAUAACCGGAGAGGAAGCUUUCAGCGAUGUAAACAUUAUAGAUAUUAACAUGAAAAAAAACGAGACUCAAGUCAAUGAUUCAAACUUUACAGAUUUUAACAUGGAAAACAGCGAGACUCAAGUCAAUGAUUCAAACUUUACAGUUAUUAACAUGGAAAACAACGAGAUUCAAGUCAAUGAUUCAAACUUUAUUAACAUAGAAAACAACGAGACUCAAGUUUCUGAUUCAAACUUUAUAGAUAUGAACAUGGAAAACAGUGAGAAUCAAGUUAAUGAUUCAAACUUAACAGAUAUUAACAUGGAAAACAACCAGACUCAAGUCGAUGACGUAAACAUUACAGGUAACAUGGAAGACAACGAGUCUCAAUCCAGUGAUGACUUUUUCAAACGAUUUUGGCCCUCUUCCUUAUCGAAUAGUAAAGAAAAUAGCAACUUUUUGCCAGACAGCGAACAUGACAGCGCACUGAAUAUGGUCGAUGACUCCGACACCCAAAAGGAAGACCAGAUGUGGAAAGAAUUGAUGUCUGAUUAUCUCAAUAAGAAAAACUCUUACGAUGAUAAAAGGUCUUUAGAAGCAUAUCAAAACGAAUUAAUGAAUUAUAAUGGUCGAAAAAACUAUUGGAAGUCCCUUAAGCAAAACCUUUUGUAUCACCCAAAAGUUAAAUUUGCUGUCAAGCCUGAAGCCAGUCCUUUCUUGGCUGAAGAUUUACACAAAGCUACGUCCAAAACAAACAAGUUUCGUCAAGUGGUCAAAGUCAACCCCUGGAAAGCUUUUAACAUCGAGCUGGGCAAAGAAAAAGUAAAACUGCAAAAGGAAGCCUUGAAAAAUAACUUCAGAUAUCCUAGCUUCAAAAUACGGCACCACGAUGACCUCAUCAUACCAAGUGUCAAAGACUAUCUGUGGAACGCCAGGCCUUGGCCAAAGCAUGAGGAAAUCUUAACUGUACCUUCCAAUAGCGACAAGAACAGCUUCGAGUUCUCUAAAGUCAAUGACAUUUUGCGAGAAAAGCAACGAAAUAGGAAUGUCUUGCCCUCACUGGCAGAGCACGCCAAGUUGUGGGGAAACAGGUUUAGCCAGGGCUACUACGGUCGAGUGUUGGACGAACGCAGCCAAGCCCCAUCAUUAAUGUCUUCCUAUAUGGGUCUCCCAGGUGAUGCCACCAGCCGCAACACAGUUCAAGCAAAAGCGCGCAGCUUCCUCGGCUACAAAGGAGCGGAUCAAAGGUUCCUUUCCUUACCUCAGGUUCAUCACACUGCACAGACGACAGACGAUAUGGGAAAACCCGAGUCGAGCUUGGUCCCCGUUGUCCCAGAAAACUUGCUGUCGCCUUCUAGAGUCAACCAGUUGAGCCCAUCAUUAGGCGAUGGCAAUGUUCCCGUGGAAAGCGGUGUUUCAAAUUUAUCAAGGAGGGGCGGCUCUGAGGCAAACGCAGUUCACAAUUCUGUGUCAGGAAAUAGCAUGGUACCUCCAGGUCCCACAGGAGUGCCCGCAGCAGAUGAUUUCAAGUGUCCUGGUCUGUUCGGUUAUUACACUGAUCCUGAGAACUGCGGCUCGUUCUUCGUGUGCAGCUGGGGCGUCUCUUAUAGGUUGCAGUGCUCAGAAGGCACGCUAUGGAACUCUGUUGAUGCAGUUUGUGACUGGGCUACAAAUGUAAGCUGCGAUCAACGAAAAUCAUCGUAGUUGGCAUCACAUACUGAGCUUAAUACAAGACAUGAAUAUCAAGAAAUAAGCAUUUUGGCCUUGUUAAAUGAAGUGGACUGAUAUCAGAUUAUUUUAUGAUUCAUAAUGGAGAAUGGACUUAAAUAAGAUUUAUUAUAAAGCUAUGCCAGUUUACAAUAGUCUAUAAAAUGGCGUACUUUGACAUUUAACCACAAAUGAAUUAGGUAGAUGUAGACAUUUUAAUAAUAGCUGGCGGCUGGCAUAAAUUAUGUUUAAUUUCAUAGUUUAAGCAAUCUAGAUCUAGUCCCAUUAUAUAUAAGAAUAAUGAAAUAUAACUCCAGAACCUUGUACAGUAAAGGGGGGACUAUGUCUAGCGUCUCUAGAUUCUACGUUCCUGACAGAAUAGUUUAGCACAUAGAUCUAUGCAACUAUGUUUCUUGUCAUUGUAACAUAUUGUUGGCUUAUUUAUGUGUCAAAAGUAUCACAUUCUAGAUCUCUAUAGGUCAGUGAAAAGUUAAAGUUAUCAAAAUCUCCCACCCCCACCCAUUUUCCCCUUCUUUUAUUUUAUUGCAUUUCUACAUCUAAUGUUUCGGUCAUAUUGUUUGAAAUGAAAAUUGUGACACCUGAUUUAGUUCACAGAGGACUGACUGCAAUAUGAACUGAAUUGCUGUGUUCAACAAAUAAUACCGUAUGCUACAACUAAUACUAGACAUGUAUAUAGAAUGGAGUGUUCAUAUAUAUCUAUUACAUAUAUAUCUAUAUAGACUUACCUGUAAAUAUGUAUUUAUUUAUUUAAACACAUAGAUGUGCACAUACGGUGAUGACAUUUUGGGGACAACUUGUACAUAAACUCCUAAAAUCAUUAUAGGAUUUAUAUAAGUAUAUAUCAUAUACUGCUGGUAUAUAAAAUGGUCCUCACCCUUUGUGGUCCCGAUUUCGCAACAGAUAAUACAUAAAUAAUUUGAAUAAUUUGUAUAUAUUAUAAUUACCCGCAUGAAUGCAAGUGAAUCUUUCAGUAUGAAUGAUACAAUUUGAGUUGAUAUACACAUUUUUGUACAUUACACAUUUUUGUAAUUUUUUUCCAAAGUGUUUUCUAGCCU